GUGUUCGCGGAGACGAAAUUGACGAUACACCUAAACGUUUUAGCGACGAGGGAAGCGCCAUAUUGAAGAGUACUUUUGUGUCGAAAGAAUUUCAUCGAAUAUCUUUAAAUUUGCGGUUGAUUUAGUAAAUAGCAAUGAGCGAAAACGGCGAGCUACGAAUGUCAAGGUCCCGUUCAAGAGAGUCCGAGGGAUCACGAAAGUCUGAUGGCUCCUACUCCCACUCAAGAUCACCGUCAAAUGAAAAAGGAUCCCCUAAAUCCCGGGAUUCCAGGUCCAAAUCUGCAUCCAAGUCACCAUAUCGCCGCUCCUCACGACAUUAUUCUGGAUCCAGAUCUAGGUCAAGGUCACACUCUAGAGGAAGGAAAAGGUCCAGGAGCAGGUCAUAUCACAGAGAUCGCUAUUCAAGGUCACGGUCAGGAUCACGGGGCUAUCACAAAAGAUCAAGAUACUCAAGGAGCAGAAGCCGUGGGAGGUCUCCCUAUUACAGAGAAAGCAGAGAGAGCAGGGACUAUUACAGAGAGAGCCGCAGCAGUCGAUACAGAAGUCGUAGUCGAUCCCCAGGAUAUUCCAGACGGAGAAGAGGAAAGGUGGAAACAUCCCCCAUGUCCAACAGAAGAAGACACACUGGAAACAGAGACAAUCCAGAGCCUACCAAAUGUUUGGGUAUCUUUGGUUUGAGUCUGUACACACAGGAACGAGACUUGAGAGAAGUCUUUGGUCGAUUUGGUCCACUGGAAGAUGUACAAGUUGUGUAUGAUAGACAGACAGGAAGAUCCAGAGGCUUUGCUUUCAUCCACUUCAGAAACAUUGAAGAUUCUAUUGAGGCAAAGGACAGGGGCCCUGGGAUGGAGAUCGAUGGGCGAAGAAUCCGAGUAGAUUUCUCUAUCACAACAAGAGCUCACACCCCCACUCCUGGGAUUUACCUCGGCAAACCUACUACGUCCAGCUACAGGGGAAGGAGAUCACCUUCCCCAUAUUCAAGAGGGGGCUACAGCCGAGGGAGUCGAUACUCCAGAUCCAGGUCAAGGUCAAGGUCGUACAGCCCAAGGUUUGAAGACAGAAAAAUGAAGAGAAGUUUGGGUAUCUUCAGUUAUGAAGAGUAAUUGAAGAUUUGAAAAAUGAAGAAAGAAAAAUUGAGAAGUAGGAAUGAAGAAUUGGUCAGAAAAUGAAGAAAUUUUUAUUCGAGUAGGGGAUGAAGAUUGAAAAUUGAGAAUAUAGGGAGUGGGAAGAAAAUAGUAGGUAUUUAUGAAGAUAGAAAAUGUUUGGAGUUGAAAAAUGAAGACCCAAACUGGUGCAGAAUAAGAGAAGACAAGGGUACGAAGGUAAUGGUAUUCCAAUCAGUGGUUAGAUAAAUCAGGAAGUUCAUUGAUUAGAAUUUCAAGGGAAAAUUCAAUGUUUGCAUGCAGAAAAGUAUUGAUCAUGAAAAUUUUCUAAGAGCAAAUGGCAUUCAGUUUAGAUUGCUGUCAUAUAUUUAAAUUUCCUUCAUUGCUAUGAAGGGAUUGAAAAAAAAAUGUUUGAAGCAGUAAAGGGAAAAACUAAGGGUUUAUUAUUUCUAGACUGAGUGAUUGGUUCUGUUCGGCUCAUCAUUUGUUACAGAAUUGUGGCAGUUAAGGUACAUGUACAUGUUCAUUGGAGCAUAGUACUCUUAAAAGAUGCAAAUGUAAAAGUGAGGUAGCGUAUUGGUUAUCACAAAUCUAGAGGUUGAAUCCCGUUUGAAAUUCAACUUCAUUUGAUGGUUCCUUCUGUUGUUUGAUGCAAUGAAUUGGGCCAAAAUUAGAUCAAGAAACUUCAUAUUUCAGUGUCCUUGCACGUUUUGCAAUCUGGUAUCUGGUAAGUAUUGAUAUAAAAUGUCUUGAGUGAAAAAGUGUUAUAUAAGGACUUUGAUACUAUGAUUCCAUAGCUGGAGAUCAUCAUUAAAAGAUUUAGUUAGAUGUGUCAGAGUCAGGGAUGUUGUGUUUCCUUGACAAGUAUUUGAAGCACAUGAAGACCAGCAUCCUUGAUUGGCCAAAUAAAUGUUGCUUGUUUUUUUGUAGACAGGUACCUGUAUCUGAUGUGAAGCUUGUCGUAUCUGGCAGAAGAUACUCGUGUACUAGUAUUCACAGUUUCAAUAAAAGAAGUGAAAGGAA